AUGGCCGACGAAAAGCCCAAGGAAGGAGUCAAGACUGAGAACAACGAUCAUAUCAAUUUGAAGGUGGCCCGGCAGGAUGGUUCUGUCGUGCAGCUUAAGAUUAAGAGGUACACGCCACUUAGUAAACUAAUGAAAGCCUAUUGUGAAGGACAGGCCUUGUCACUGAGGCGGAUCAGAUUCCGAUUUGACGCGCAGCCAAUCAAUGAAACAGAUGAAGAUACAAUUGAUGUGUUGCAGCAGCAGACAGGGGGUGUCUGCUAG